ACCCAGGUCUAGGCGGCGCGGGUGAGGUGGCGGCAGGAGUGGCGGAGUUGCGGGCGCGGCGGCGCGAGCGGAGCGGUCGGCUGAAGCGCUGCGACGAAUGCGGGUCUCGGAAAGAAGAAAUGACGUAACCCAUUCAGUAUCCAGACUCUAAGGUCAAGGUGAGAAGGAAGGUCAGGAAGAACAUGGCCUGGCCAAAUAUCCUUCAGAGAGGUACCCUGCUGUCCCGCUUCAGCCACCAUCAUGUGGUCGUGUUCCUGCUCACCUUCUUCAGUUACUCGUUGCUCCACGCGUCAAGAAAAACAUUUAGCAACGUCAAAGUCAGUAUCUCUAAGCAGUGGACCCCAAGUGCUUUUAACAAGUCAGUUGACCUGCCUGUAGAGAUUUGGAGCAGAAACCGUCUUUUUCCCAGUGCGGAGGAGGCCACUCUGUUCCUCGGGACUCUGGACACCGUCUUCCUCUUCUCGUAUGCUGUGGGCCUUUUCAUCAGCGGUAUCAUUGGGGAUCGGCUUAAUUUGCGGUUGGUUCUGUCUUUUGGCAUGUGCUCUUCUGCAUUAGUGGUGUUUGUGUUUGGCACCCUCACGGAGUGGCUGCAUUUCUACAACAAGGGGCUGUACUGCUGCCUGUGGAUUGUGAAUGGCCUCUUGCAGUCCACGGGAUGGCCCUGCGUCGUUGCUGUUAUGGGCAACUGGUUUGGGAAAGCUGGCCGAGGGGUGGUUUUUGGUCUGUGGAGUGCCUGUGCUUCAGUGGGCAAUAUUCUGGGAGCGUGCCUGGCUUCUUCUGUUCUACAGUAUGGUUAUGAGUACGCCUUCCUGGUGACGGCGGCCGUGCAGUGUGCUGGUGGGGUCGUCAUCUUCUUUGGACUCCUGGUGUCCCCAGAGGAACUCGGUCUCCCGGGUAUUGAGGCAGAAGAAAAGUUUGAAGACGACUCACACAGGCCAUUGAUGAAUGGUGCUGAAAAUGAAGAUGAAUCUGAGUCUAAUUAUUCAAUCCAAGAAGGCAAUCCUGUUACCCAUGUCAAGGCAAUAAGCUUUUACCAGGCUUGUUGCCUGCCUGGCGUUAUACCGUAUUCACUGGCCUUUGCCUGCUUGAAGUUAGUGAAUUACUCCUUCUUCUUCUGGUUGCCCUUUUAUCUGAGUAACAACUUUGGAUGGAAGGAGGCCGAAGCCGACAAGCUGUCCAUUUGGUACGAUGUCGGAGGAAUUAUAGGUGGCACUCUGCAGGGCUUCGUCUCCGAUGUGCUGCAGAAGAGAGCCCCCGUUUUAGCCCUCAGCCUGCUGCUGGCUGUCGGGUCCCUCGUUGGAUACAGCCGUUCUCCAAACGAUAAGUCCAUCAAUGCCCUUCUGAUGGCUGUCACAGGGUUUUUCAUCGGGGGCCCUUCUAAUAUGAUCAGCUCUGCUAUUUCUGCGGACCUGGGUCGUCAAGAACUGAUCCAAGGGAGCAAUGAGGCUCUGGCGACCGUCACAGGAAUCGUUGAUGGAACUGGGAGCAUUGGAGCUGCGGUGGGCCAGUAUUUAGUCUCUUUGAUCCAGGACAACCUGGGAUGGAUGUGGGUGUUCUACUUCUUCAUUCUUAUGACAAGUUGUACAAUUCUAUUUAUUUCACCAUUAAUAGUGAGGGAAAUAUGCUCUCUCAUGCGAAGACGACCAGCUCGCUUAUUGAGAGAGUGACCGGUGCCCACAAAAGAACGAGAAUAGUAGGAAACACAUCCGAAACUAUUAUUUCUUUUCAUUCACCCUCUUUUGGGGUUGUCUUAAGAGCUCCAACAUAACCUCAGAUUGUCAAGCCUCUUUCAACAGUAUCAGCCCCCUGAGAUGCUAACCAGCAGGAAGGCUGGGCUGUUUUUCUACACUACAGGAACUAUUGAUAAUGAUUUGUGGUGGUGUUUCAUGAACGUACUGAAUGGCCUAUGAAAUGAAUCUGCCAGGUCUUUGUUGGCCUGUGGAGGUUUAUCCCUUUAACCUUAAAUGCUGUGCUGGACCUGGAUCCUUGUUCUCCAGCCUGGAGAGCUGAGGGACCACGAGGCAGUCUUGCACAGUUUAUAUCAAGGACGUGCUCCGUGAUUAGAGAGCAUCAUUGCAUUUUGCUUCGGUAAUGAGUUUGCAGAGCGUGGCUCAUCUUUGAAGCAUCAGAUCCUGAUCAAAUAGUGCAGCUGGAUCCAGCAUAAGCCUGCCUUGGACAGAGACUCCCUCUGUGAACUGCAGUGGGAAAAAUCACACUACAUGUGGAUUGGCCCAGUCCCUCUGUAUCUGUUCUGAAGCCAUUCAGCUCCAGAAACAGAAAUAUCUUGACACGAUUGUCAACUUGUUCUCCUCCGCCUUCGUUGAGAAUUAUCUUGGACGCCUGCAAGUAUUUAGUCUUCCUUUCAAGGACCAUAAGGUGCAUCACUGGGAACAUGCCAGUGCAGAAUUGACCACCCAAGUACUCACCUCCCAUUUGUUCUCGGGGAACUUCAGGAGCCAGUGCUUGGACAGCGCCUCGGCUUAGCCCUGUUUUCAGAGGAUCGGUCUCUGUCCCAACCGGGUUCCUUGAGUUACUUCAGCAGAAGAGUAGGAGUAGAGAAAAAGGAAAGACCUUUUGGCCCUUCAGGCAUUAAGGAUGCGGUACCACAUCCCACAAAUGGAUUGCUAGGGCUAGAGGGUAUCUAGGUGUCUGUUCUUUAGAAGUUUGUGGAAUGUAUGUCUUCAAGGCUGUGAAUUCUGUACUAAUUAUUUUAAGGUCAUUCUGUAAAUAUAUGUUAAAUUAUAUAAGUGAACAGGCGAAAAAUGUGCAAUCCUGAGGACUGCCUAAUUUGCAAAGGGUUCAGGAAUAUUUUUCAACCUCUUGGUUUAUACCCUGAAACACGGUGUGUUUAUGAACUCAUUACUGAAUCAAGCAGAUUUCCAAUCAGUUGAUUACAGACAAAAAGGGAAAAUAUGAAACACAGAAAAGGAAAAUAAACUGACUUUUAUAAUACAUGCCUGUCCAUCUGGUUAUUUUAUGUAUACCCUGAGCUCCGCGUUGUGGAACAUGAUUCACGUCUUAUGGUUUCCCGCUACUGAGCGUCGCCCGGUGACCCUUCACUGACCCUGCGGUGUCACCAGAUUUUGCAGAUCUUCCCCUCCAGGUGCUGAGAGGGCCCCUUUUCUGUGACAUUCUGUGAAGGCCUUCCUUUCCCCUUGUGGAAGAUGGUGCUAAGUUUGGAUGAGUUGCCCUCUUGUAAUUUAAGAAUCAUCAAAACGAAUCGCAUUUUAAUGACUGAGCCUAUUGCUGACAUUUGGCUGAGAGAGUUUCCGUCCCCACCAUGUCAUCAGUACGGUCACAUCUUCAUAUCCUGACUCCAGCUAUUGUUUUCUUGUCCAGUUUAAACUUAGCUGGGCAGAGUAUUCCUCUGACCUCUCUGUAGCCCCCAUGCUGGACCUGAAAUGAAAUUGUAAAUAAAAUACAUUUCCUAUUGUC